UCGGCGCGGCGGCGGGCGCAGCAUGAGGCGGGUGACGCUGUUCGUCAACGGCAGCGCCCGCAACGGGAAGGUCGUGGCUGUGUAUGGGACUCUCUCAGAUUUGCUCUCUGUGGCCAGCAACAAGCUCGGGAUAAAAGCCACCAGCGUUUACAACGGGAAAGGGGGGCUCAUUGAUGAUAUUGCUUUGAUUAGGGAUGAUGAUGUUUUGUUUGUCUGUGAAGGGGAGCCCUUCAUUGAUCCUCAGACUGAUGGGAGAGCUCAGGAGGAGCUGACAGGGUCCCACACAGACUGGCUGACUCUCAAUGUGGGAGGCAGAUAUUUCACCACCACCCGGAGCACUUUGGUUAACAAAGAACCUGACAGUAUGUUGGCACACAUGUUCAAAGACAAAGAUGCUUGGGGGAAUAAGCAAGAUCCUAGAGGAGCUUUCCUCAUUGACCGCAGUCCCGAGUAUUUUGAGCCCAUUUUGAACUAUUUGCGUCACGGACAGCUCAUUGUAAAUGAUGGCAUUAAUUUGCUAGGGGUUUUGGAAGAAGCCAGGUUUUUUGGGAUCGACUCCCUCAUUGAACACCUGGAAAUUGCUAUUAAGAACUCCCAGCCAGCUGAGGAUCACUCUCCCAUCUCUCGGAAGGAGUUUGUCCGAUUCCUGCUGGCAACGCCCACCAAGUCCGAGCUGCGCUGUCAGGGUCUGAAUUUCAGUGGAGCUGACCUUUCCCGCCUGGAUCUUCGCUACAUCAACUUCAAGAUGGCCAAUCUGAGCCGCUGCAACCUGGCCCAUGCCAACCUGUGCUGUGCCAACCUGGAAAGAGCUGACCUCUCUGGAUCCGUGCUGGAUUGUGCAAACCUGCAGGGGGUGAAGAUGUUGUGUUCCAACGCAGAGGGAGCAUCCCUGAAGGGCUGCAACUUUGAAGAUCCAUCAGGCCUUAAAGCUAAUUUGGAAGGUGCCAACCUGAAGGGUGUGGACAUGGAGGGCAGUCAGAUGACCGGGAUUAACCUCCGAGUGGCCACGCUGAAAAAUGCCAAACUCAAGAACUGCAACCUCCGAGGAGCCACGCUGGCAGGGACUGACUUGGAGAAUUGUGAUCUGUCAGGUUGUGACCUACAAGAAGCAAAUUUGAGGGGAUCUAACGUGAAAGGAGCCAUCUUUGAGGAGAUGCUGACACCCCUGCACAUGUCCCAGAGUGUCAGAUAGGGGCCAGAACACGCUGAAGAGGAAGGAAUCCAAACAUUCAUCGUGACUUUCUUCACCUCCUCCCCUUCCUGAGUUAAAGUCAUGGUUAUUAGCCACCUUA